GCCUUUAGUAAAUGUUUGUUGCUGCUAAUAUUGCAGAAAGUUGGGAAAAUGGAUGGAAGCAAUCAGAGUGGAGUCUCCGAGUUCCUGCUCCUGGGGCUCUCAGAGAGUCCUGAAGAGCAACAUGUUCUGUUUUGGAUGUUCCUGUCCAUGUACCUGGUCACAGUGGUGGGAAAUGUGCUCAUCAUCCUGGCCAUUGGCUUUGAUUCCCGCCUGCACACUCCCAUGUACUUCUUCUUGGCCAACCUUUCCUUUACCGACCUCUUCUUUGUCACCAACACAAUCCCCAAGAUGCUGGUGAACAUUCAGUCCCAGAACAAAGCCAUCUCCUAUGCAGGGUGUCUGACACAGCUCUACUUUUUGGUCUCCCUGGUGGCCCUGGACAACCUCAUCCUAGCCACGAUGGCGUAUGACCGCUAUGUGGCCAUCUGCCGCCCCCUCCACUAUACCACGGCCAUGAGCUCUAGGCUCUGUAUUUUGCUCCUCGCCUUGUGUUGGGCGUUCUCUGUCCUCUAUGGCCUCAUCCACACCCUCCUUAUGACCAGAGUGACCUUCUGUGGGUCCCGGAAGAUCCACUACAUCUUCUGUGAGAUGUAUGUCCUGCUGAGGCUCGCAUGUUCCAACACCCAAGUCAAUCACACAGUGCUAAUUGCCACAGGAUCCUUCAUCUUCCUCACCCCCUUAGGGUUCAUGAUCAUGUCCUAUGUCUGGAUUGUCAAAGCCAUCCUCCAAAUACCCUCAGCCUCUAGCAAGUAUAAAGCCUUCUCCACCUGUGCCUCCCAUCUGGCUGUGGUCUCCCUCUUCUAUGGGACUCUCUGUAUGGUAUAUCUGCAGCCCCUCCACACCUACUCCAUGAAAGACUCAGUAGCCACAGUGAUGUAUGCUGUGGUGACCCCCAUGAUGAACCCUUUCAUCUACAGCCUGAGGAACAAAGACAUGCACGGAGCACUGGGAAGACUUCUCCUAGGGAAAGUCUUCCAGAGGUUGACAUGA